AUGCAGGGAGGGGUCCUGCUUGGCCCGUCGGCGCUGGGCCGGAGCAACAAGUUCUUGAACGCCGUGUUCCCGCACAAGAGCCUGCCGGUGCUGGACACGCUGGCCAACAUCGGUCUGCUCUUCUUCCUCUUCCUCGUCGGCCUUGAGCUCGACAUCGCGGCCAUCCGCCGCACCGGCAAGAAGGCGCUCGCCAUCGCACUCGCCGGCAUCUCCCUCCCGUUCGCGCUCGGCAUUGGAACCUCCUUUGCCUUCCGCGCAACCAUCGUCAAGGGCGCCCCGCAGGCGCCGUUCCUCGUCUUCAUGGGCGUCGCGCUCUCCAUCACCGCCUUCCCAGUGCUCGCCCGCAUCCUCGCCGAGCUCAAGCUCCUCACGACCGACCUCGGACGCAUGGCCAUGUCCGCGGCCGCGGUGAAUGAUGUCGCCGCCUGGAUCUUGUUGGCACUUGCCGUUGCCCUCUCUGGAGAUGGCUCGCCCAUCAUCUCGCUAUGGGUGCUCCUCACCGGCGUCGGCUUCGUCAUCGCCAUUAUCCUUCUCCUCCGGCCGUUGCUGGCGUGGAUGGCGAACCGGUCUCCCGAGGGAGAGCCGGUCAAGGAGGUCUACAUCUGCGCUACCCUCGCCAUUGUCCUCGCCGCUAGCUUCGCCACCGACGCCAUCGGCAUCCAUGCGCUCUUCGGCGCCUUCAUGGUCGGCAUCGUCGUCCCCAAGGACGGGCCCUUCGCCGGCGUGCUGAUCGAGAAGGUAGAGGACCUCAUCUCGGGCCUGUUCCUCCCGCUCUACUUCGUGUCCAGCGGCCUCAAGACAAACGUGGCUACCAUCAGUGGAGCAAAAUCUUGGGGAUUGCUGGUGCUCGUCAUCACCAACGCCUGUAUCGGCAAGAUCGGCGGCACGGUGAUUGCGUCGCUGGUGGUGAAGAUCCCGAUGAGGGAGGCGGUCACGCUGGGGUUCCUGAUGAACACAAAGGGCCUCGUGGAGCUCAUCGUCCUCAACAUCGGCAGGGACCGCAAGGUGCUCAACGAUGAGGCGUUUGCCAUCUUGGUUCUCAUGGCGCUCUUCACCACCUUCAUCACAACGCCCAUCGUCAUGGCCAUCUACAAGCCAGCGCGGCCGUUGGCACCGUACAAGCACCGCACCGUGGAGGGCUCUCCAUCCGACGGUAACAGCGAGCUCCGCGUGCUCGCGUGCUUCCACAGCAACCGCAACGUCCCGACGCUGCUGAACUUGGUCGAGUCGUCGCGCGGUACGAGCCGGCGCCGCCUCGCCAUGUACGCCAUGCACCUGGUGGAGCUCUCGGAGCGGUCGUCGGCGAUCUCCAUGGUGCACCGCACGCGCCGCAACGCCAUGCCCUUCUUCAACAGCGGGGACAAGGAUGGACAGAUGGUGGUGGCCUUCGAGGCGUUCCAGCAGCUGAGCACCGUGAGGGUAAAGCCCAUGACGGCCAUUUCCGACCUCGAGACCAUACACCGGGACGUGAUCAACAGCGCCGCCGAGAAGCGGGCGGCCAUUGUAAUCAUGCCGUACCACAAGAUGCUCCAGCACGACGGCACGUUCCACUCGCUCGGGUCCCAGUACCACGACAUGAACAAGCGCGUGCUCCGCGGCGCGCCAUGCUCCGUCGCGAUUCUCGUCGACCGCGGCCUCGGCGGCCACUCCCAAGUCGCCGCCAAGAACGUGGCCUUCUCCGUGUCCGUGCUCUUCUUCGGCGGACCCGACGACCGAGAGGCGCUGGCCUACGCCACGCGCAUGGCUGAGCACCCCGGCGUCAACGUAACUCUGACGCGCAUCCGUCCAAGCCGACCGAUCCACGAUGAAGAGUCUGACGAGGUGGUGGUGGAAGCGUUCAAGGCCAAGGUUGACGCCGUGAAGGACGGGUCGGUGAGCUUCGACAACAUUGAGGCGUCCGGCAAGGAGGAGGUGCUGGAGGCAAUCAACUCGUUGUCCAAGUGCAACAUGUUCGUGGUGGGCCGGAUGCCGCCGACGGAGCCGCUGGUGGAGAGGCCAGAGGAGCUGGGGCCCGUGGGGAGCUACCUGGCGUCGCCGGAGUUUAAGACAUCGGCGUCGGUACUGGUCAUCAAGAGGUACGACCCAGCGACGAACCCGGCCAGCAAGAGGUUCGACCCCAAGGCGAGGCCGCCCGUGGCGACCGACGUGGAGGACGACGACGAGGAGAUGAACAGCGGAGGCGGCAGCGCCUCCGUCGUGCCCGUGCAGUGGACGCCGACGCACGACUCCGCCUGA